GAGCAGUAAUCCUCUUGAGCGCAGCUGCCUCCUCCCUCAUGUUCUCUCUUCUGCUCAAGGGCAAAUCGAGGUGCGCCUCUGGCUGCCGCCGCCGCGCACUGCUGCUGAAGACAGCGCAGCGUCCUCUGCGCUCUCCGCGGGCUCCUGGGACCUUUUGUUGUUUGGGAUGAACGCAGAAGACGCGCCGCGUGAAAGGGCCCAGAGCCGGCCCAGUUGUUUGUCGCACCUCUGGCAGCAAGACGACAUGUCGGCGUUUGCUUGGACAAGUGUUUUUUAAGCGCGAAACUUUUGGAUUCUGGGGGUCGGCCGUCUCCGCUCGGGUGAUUGGGAGUUUUGGGUUCGAGAGGAGAUGCGAGCGUCGACGUGAAGACAUGGAUAUUACGUGGAGGGCUUGGUCGUUCUUCCUGUUGAAACCAGAAGAAUUUCACUCUGAAAACGAUGCUUUAAAUGUCGGAGUUUCGUAUAAUAAGUAAAUUCUAGUACAGGACGAUCAGGAUGAAAAGAUGGCAGCCAUGCUGUUACCAACGGGUCCUGACGGCUUGCGGCGGUUCACUGGCGAAUCCCUGGCUGCCCUGGAGCGGCGGGUGGCGGAGGAGCAGGCCAGGAGCUCCAAGGAUUGCACCGAGGCUCAGAAGAACGCCGAGGCGGCCAAACCCCGCGUCGACCUGGAGGCGGGCAAGCAGCUGCCGCGCAUCUUCGGCGACAUCCCUCCAGAGCUCGUCGGGGUUCCGCUGGAGGACAUCGAUCCCUUCUACUACAAGAACCAGAAGACUUUUAUAGUACUAAACAAGGGGAAAGCCAUCUUCAGAUUCAGCGCCACGUCUGCACUUUACAUAUUAAGUCCGUUUCACUUCAUCAGAUCGAUUUCCAUAAAAAUCUUAGUCCAUGCGUUGUUUAGCUAUUUCAUAAUGUUCACCAUCCUGACCAACUGUUUCUUCAUGGCCAUGUCCGACCCGCCAACAUGGACCAAAUACCUGGAGUACACCUUCACUGGCAUCUACACUUUCGAGUCGGCAAUAAAGAUUUUCGCCAGAGGGUUCUGUUUAGUGCCGUUCACCUUCCUGAGAGACCCGUGGAACUGGCUCGACUUCAUCGUCAUCAUCAUGGCAUACGUCACUGAGUUUGUGGAUCUUGGGAAUGUCUCUGCGUUAAGAACCUUCAGGGUACUGAGAGCUCUGAAAACCAUCUCAGUCAUUCCAGGUCUGAAGACCAUCGUGGGCGCUCUGAUCCAGUCUGUGAGGAAGCUGGCCGACGUGAUGAUCCUGACCGUCUUCUGCCUCAGCGUGUUCGCCCUCAUCGGCCUGCAGCUCUUCAUGGGUCUCCUGCGACAGAAGUGCGUCCGGAACCUCGAUCACUGCAUCAACUCCUCGUACACCCCCAACACCACCUUCAUCUGCAACAACCGGACCUGGAGUUCGCCGGACGACUUCCUCACCAACGAGGAUAAUUUCUACAAAGUUGAAGGGCAGAAGGAUGCUUUAAUAUGUGGAUAUGGAAGCGAUGCAGGGAAGUGCCCGGAUGGAUUUGAUUGCCUCAAAGUGGGAAGAAAUCCAAACUACGACUACACCAGUUUUGAUACCUUCGGUUGGGCUUUUCUGGCACUUUUCCGACUCAUGACCCAAGACUAUUGGGAGGAGCUCUUUCACCAGACUCUGCGCUCAGCAGGGAAAACCUACAUGGUUUUCUUUGUGCUGGUGAUCUUCCUUGGCUCCUUCUACCUGGUGAACCUGAUCCUGGCCGUGGUGGCCAUGGCCUACGAGGAGCAGAACCAGGCGACCAUUGCUGAGGCCUGGCAGAAAGAGAGGGAGUUCCAGCUGGCCAUGGAGCAUUUCAGACGAGAGCAAAGAUUGGCAGCCAAAAGACAAGCACAGGAGACAGACUCCGUUGUGUCGCCGGAGUUAUCGCCAUUCUGUCUGAAAGCAGGAAGUAUUCGCCGCAGCAGCAGUAGAAGAAGAAGAUCUCACAGGACUCUUUCAGAGGAGACAGCAGCUGAAGCUGCUGAGGAGAGGCUGGAGCCAGUGGAUGAAAUUGUGCUUCCUCUGUCCCCCUUGCCAGUCCACCCUCUGCUGGCGACGCUCUCCUCUCACCCCCUCAGCACCAGGAGAGCCAGCCAGAACAGCAUCUUCAGCUCCUUCCGCCCUCGCAACAACUCGGAGGCCGACUUCGCAGACGACGAGUACAGCGUCCACGGCGACGUCUUCAGGAGUCGCGCCAGUUCGACCGCCACGCCCUGGAAGAAGAGGACAGGCAGCGUUAGAAGCCACUGCUCCCAGGUGUUGACCCCCAGCCUCAACAUCAACGGACGACUCAGCGUCUUGCUGGACAAGAACGGCAUCGCCGCCAUGGGUCUGCUCACCCCGACGUGCAUGCCGGCUCACAGCAUGGAGAAGUUCAAGGAAGAAACAGUUGAGUGUAGAACAGACAAAAUACCCAGGCUAACUCUACAGGAAAGAGCUCACAGCUCCUUCAGCUUCUUCAGCGACGCCAUGGAGGAGCUGGAGGAAUCGAGGCAGAAGUGCCCCCCUUGCUGGUACGCCUUCGCCAAGAAGUACUUAAUAUGGGACUGCUGCCCCUGGUGGCUGAAGUUAAAGGAGUGUGUGAAGUUCAUGGUGAUGGAUCCCUUCCUGGACCUGGGGAUCACCAUAUGUAUUGUGCUGAACACUCUGUUCAUGGCUCUGGAGCAUUACCCCAUGACUGACGAGUUCAACACCAUGCUGUCCGUGGGCAACCUGGUUUUCACAGGGAUCUUCACAGCUGAGAUGGUGUUGAAGCUCGUUGCCCUGGAUCCCUAUUACUACUUCCAGCAGGGCUGGAACAUCUUCGACGGCGUCAUCGUCUGCCUCAGUCUGAUGGAGCUGGGCCUCUCCACCGUAGAGGGACUGUCUGUCCUGCGCUCUUUCAGACUGCUAAGAGUGUUCAAGCUGGCAAAGUCCUGGCCUACUCUCAACACUCUCAUCAAGAUCAUUGGGAACUCUGUGGGCGCCCUGGGGAACCUGACGCUGGUGCUGGCCAUCAUAGUUUUCAUCUUCGCCGUGGUGGGCAUGCAGCUGUUUGGCAAGAACUACCAAGACUGUGUGUGUAAGAUCGCCUUUGACUGCCAGCUGCCCCGCUGGCACAUGAAGGACUUCUUCCACUCCUUCCUGAUCGUGUUCCGGGUGUUGUGCGGCGAGUGGAUCGAGACCAUGUGGGACUGCAUGGAAGUGGCUGGGCAGCCUCUCUGCAUCCUGGUGUUCAUGUUGGUCAUGGUCAUAGGGAACCUGGUGGUGCUGAAUCUGUUUCUCGCCCUGCUGCUCAGCUCCUUCAGCUCCGACAACCUCUCCGCUCCCGAAGAAGACGGCGACCUGAACAACAUCCAGGUCGCCAUCGGCCGCGUCCACACCGGCGUGUCGUGGCUCUGUGGGAGCAUCGCUGACCUCUUCAGACACGGCUUCAGGAGUCAAAAGCAGAAGGCCAAAGAGGCCGAGCAGGCUGAGCAGAUGGUCGGAAAUCACAUAGAAAGCAACGGGGGGAUAACCGGAAGCUACGGAGAAAAGUACAUCCUUCCUGAAGAGGAUAGUUACAUGACCAACCCCAACCUGACCGUCGUGGUUCCCAUCGCGCCUGGAGAGUCCGAUGUGGAGUUUCUGGAGGAGGAAAACUCAGAGUCAUCAGAGGACGAGGACAACAAACCGGAGACGAUCAGCCUUUCGGAGGGCAGCACCGUGGACAUGAGGAAGCCUGGAGAGGAGGAAGACUACCUAUCGGAGCUGGAUGAUGACAGUAUGGAGCCGGAGGAUUGCUUCCCAUACUUGUGUCUGAGGCACUGUCCGUGCUGCGACGUCGACACCAGCCGCGGCCUGGGCCAAGCCUGGUGGAGGCUGAGGAAGACCUGCUACCAGAUCGUAGAACACAGCUGGUUUGAGACCUUCAUCAUCUUCAUGAUCCUGCUCAGCAGCGGGGCUCUGGCGUUUGAAGAUAUCUACAUCGAGAGGAGAAAAGUCAUUAAAGUGAUGUUGGAGUACGCCGACAAAGUCUUCUCCUACAUCUUUGUGCUGGAAAUGUUCCUCAAGUGGAUAGCAUAUGGCUUCAAGAAAUAUUUCACCAACUACUGGUGCUGGCUCGACUUCCUUAUAGUGGAUGUGUCUCUGAUAAGCUUGGUUGCAAAUUCACUGGGAUAUUCGGACUUCUCUGCCAUCAAGUCACUGCGAACCCUCCGGGCCCUGAGGCCUCUCAGAGCACUGUCCAGAUUUGAGGGCAUGAGGGUGGUGGUGAACGCCCUCAUAGGAGCCAUCCCCUCCAUCAUGAACGUGCUUCUCGUGUGUCUUAUCUUCUGGCUCAUCUUCAGCAUCAUGGGAGUCAACCUGUUCGCGGGCAAGUUCGGGAAGUGCGUGAACAGAACGGGCUUCAUCCACAGCGUCUCCGUGGUCAACAACAAGUCCGACUGUCUCGCCAUGAACGACACGCAGUUCUACUGGACAAAGGUGAAGGUCAACUUUGACAAUGUUGGCCUCGGCUACCUUUCCCUUCUGCAAGUGGCGACGUUUAAAGGAUGGAUGGAAAUAAUGAACGCCGCCGUUGAUUCAAGAGGAGUGGAGGAGCAACCCAGCAGAGAAAUCAACCUCUACAUGUACCUCUACUUUGUUGUCUUCAUCAUAUUUGGCUCUUUUUUUACCCUCAACCUCUUCAUCGGGGUCAUCAUUGACAAUUUCAAUCAGCAGAAGAGAAAGUUAGGUGGACAGGAUAUUUUCAUGACCGAGGAACAAAAGAAGUACUACAAUGCAAUGAAAAAGUUGGGAUCUAAGAAGCCUCAAAAGCCGAUACCGAGGCCUGCGAACAUUCUCCAAGCCUUCUUCUUCGAUCUGGUGUCCAAGCAAGCCUUCGACAUCAUGAUCAUGAUGCUCAUCAUCGUCAACAUGGUUACCAUGAUGGUGGAAACCGACGAGCAGUCAGAGCGAAUGGAGUCUGUUCUCAACAUCGUCAACCUGGUCUUCAUCGUCAUCUUCACAACCGAAUGCCUGAUUAAGCUCUUUGCUCUCCGAUGUUACUUCUUCACUGUUGCAUGGAACAUUUUUGACUUUGUGGUCAUCAUUCUUUCUAUUAUUGGGAUCGUCCUCGCUGAUAUCAUUGAGAAGUACUUUGUAUCUCCAACGCUGUUUCGAGUCAUCAGACUGGCCAGGAUAGGCCGUGUACUUCGACUUAUCCGUGCAGCCAAAGGAAUAAGGACUUUACUGUUUGCCUUAAUGAUGUCCAUGCCAGCACUGUUCAACAUUGGCCUCCUGCUGUUUCUCGUAAUGUUCAUCUACGCCAUCUUUGGCAUGGCGAACUUUGCCUACGUGAAGAAGCAAGAUGGGAUCGAUGACAUGUUUAACUUUGAGACCUUUGGGAACAGUAUCAUCUGCCUUUUUCAGAUCAGCACCUCAGCAGGCUGGGACAACCUCCUGAGCCCCAUCAUGUCAAGCCCCCCCGAGGAGUGCGACAUCAACUUCGUCAACACUGGCACCAACGCCCGCGGAAACUGCGGGAACCCGUCGGUGGGCAUUGCUUUCUUUGUGAGCUACAUCAUCAUUUCUUUUCUCAUCGUGGUAAAUAUGUACAUAGCCAUCAUCCUGGAGAACUUCAGCGUUGCCACCGAGGAGAGCACAGAACCUCUGAGCGAGGAUGACUUCGAGAUGUUCUACGAGGUCUGGGAGAAGUUCGACUCCGAGGCCACUCAGUUCAUAGAGUUCUCGAUGCUGGAGAGGUUUGCCGAUGCGCUGUCGGAGCCGCUGCGGAUCGCGAAGCCCAACAAGAUCCAGCUGAUCUCCAUGGACCUUCCUAUGGUGAGCGGGGACAGGAUCCACUGCCUGGACAUCUUGUUUGCGUUCACAAAACGCGUACUGGGGGAGUCGGGUGACAUGGACACCCUCAAACAGCAGAUGGAGGAGAAGUUCAUGAUGACCAACCCAUCUAAGGUGUCCCACGAGCCCAUCACUUCGACGCUGCGCCACAAAAUGGAGGAGGUGUCUGCGGUCAUCAUCCAGAGGUGCUACAGGAGGCAUCUGGUGCGGCGGCAAAUGAAGCAGGCCUCUUACCUUUACAGACAAAUCAACUACGAGACGGUGGUGGACGUGGACAACGCCCCAGAGACGGAGGGGCUCAUAGCUUCCAUGAUACAGCACUUCGCUCCUGUAGCGAUACAAGUCGAACAGACAGUGGAGGACUCGCUGUUUUCCUCACCACCAUCUUACGACAGCGUGACUCGGGUGGCCGGCGUAAGCCCGUCUGCCACAGUCAGAACCGCAUCUAGAGGCCCCGAAGCCGAGGACCCGACUGAAAACUACGAGGAAACAUUUCUUUGAGACUGCAUCGAGACGGAUUGAAUUGAUUGAGCAAUAAUUCAUGCUAAACUGAUUUUUUUUAAAUGGUUUUAUAAGACGCAGAGGAUAUAUGCAAUUUUUUUUAAAGUACAGUAGCUCACAGCCUCUAUUUUAGUAGAAAGACAAUCCUGAAUAAAUGUAACCUUCACAUCGACGAUUAACAUUCUGUAGUUAACAUUUUUCAAAACGCCUCUGGGAAAGUUGUAGGGAUGUUUUUGGUUACUCUUACGGUGAAAUGAGGGCCGGUAAUUAAAUUCCAAACUAUAUCAGAACAGUGAACCACUCCAUGCGCAGUUUUUACAUGCCAGGGUGCUUAUAGGCUACAGGCAGCCUCAUCCUACUGUUUCAUCCUCUACAGAGUAACUUAUCUGCACUUUAAUCAAAACACUGGAUGGUCAUUUUGUUGAUUGUGUUAAAAAGUAAGUUAUUUAAUUAAUAGCAGUCCUCUAAAUUUUCCCAUUCAUUUGGCGCUCAUAGCUCAGAGAUAUUAGAGCAUUUUCAAUGUAAACCAAUGAUGAUGGUGGUGGGAUGCAAAGCGCUUUACGAUGCAUUCCUCCGUUUUGUUCAGAUCUCCGUUGUUAGGUUGCCUUCUCCUUGGCUGCUGUGUCUUGUAUGAAAUCCGAACUUUCAAGCACAUCUGUAUCAACUAAACAUAAAUGCUUUGUCAAAAAAUAUGCGUAGUGAUCAACUUCGCAUUUGCAUUUUUAAAAGUUUUUUUCUCACAUCUUUUUGCAUCAGUAGAAUGUAGUUCUAACCUUUGAGCAGAAGAUUUUACACGAGUCUAGACAAAAGCUGUAGAAUUAUCUAGGAACUCCCUUUAAGUCUAUUUUUGUAUGGCAAGUUUAAUUUACUUAUUUAUGAAUUAAUUUUAUUCGGGUUCUGGUCACAGAAACUGUGUGCAAAAAAAAAAAAAAAGACAAAGGCCUUUAGAUUUUUUUCUUAAAUAUAAUUACAAAGAAAAUUACGAGAAAAAUUAUUUGGCCAGUAGUUUGUAUCAAUCUUUCCACAGAGCUGAGACCAGGUUAUGAAAACUGCAUAUAUUUUGUAGCCUUUAUUGACAGUUUCCAACAUUUUCAAACCAGUCUGGACCAAUGGCCGCUUCCACAUACAGAGACAGUGCCUAUAGAGUAUUCAAACCCCCUAAAAACAAAUUAAAGAGUUAAACCCACACCUCUAACGCUUCUGCAACAGAAUAACACAGUGUAGCACCUAAUUGUAAAGAGAAAGGAAAGAGUUGUCUUCAUUUUCAUUCAAAUCCUUAAAUCUAACAUUUGUUGACUUAUGUAAUGCUGCAGCGACAGCUUCACGUCUUUCUCACGUUUUCAUCCUGCAUUUAAACAUUGUUUAGCUUCACCUGUCAGAAAAGAAGGACAGAUCUGAAUUUCCUGAGCUACUUUGUGUUGCUCAAUCACAUCGUAAAACCAGAUCAAAUAUCUUUUCAUCUGUGAUUGUAGCCGGUUCGUGAGGCAUGGAUGCUUUUGACCAGUAGGUGAUUGUUGUGUGGUUUCAGCCUGGGAAAAUCUGACUGCAAGCUGUGGCUGCUGCCUGCACUGCAUCUGAAAACCCGAAUGUAUAUUCUGGACAUCAAAAGUCAAAACAGGCUCAUAAGAGAAGCAGGAACAGAAUGAAGUGGUGUAAGGAUUCAAGGAUUUUUUUUUUUUUUAUCGUCAUACCACCUUGCUUGUUUUGUUACAAAAUUCAGACUCAGGUCCCAAAUUAAGAAAUUUACUAUAAAACCCCCAAACUGAGUUAUUUCUGUUAAAUGUAAAAAAAAGGCCAGCAUUUAUUAAUCUAUACAAAACAACACCGUCAAUAUCAAGCAACCUUAAGGCACUUUGUUUCAAUCCAAACAAUAACGUGAAGAUUGUUCAAACAGUUUCUUCCGCUGUUUUUCAGCCAAAUCAAAUGUUUGUUCCACCAUAAAGUUUCAUAAUUUAUGUUAAGGCUAAACAAAUGGCUAUUUAUCAGUAAAUAAAAUUCUUUUUUUUUUUAGAAUUUCAGAUUCGACAAAUCCAUUUGAUCUUUUGUUUUCAACUCGUAAGAAAUGGGUCACAUUGGUUAGAUUAUAUUGUUAACUUCAAAAUAUACAAAUAAAUGAUGUUUUUUUUUCCUUAGGACUGGAAAAAGAAGCACAAUCCAUUGUGCUGUGUAGUCAUCAUGCUGACUUCAGAGGACAGGGUGGAUUUUGUGAUAUUUACCACAUCAGUAAACGAAGACGUGUCUGUUGCUAGGCAGGGUGGCGUGUGCCGACAACCCCUAAUUCAUGUGCCUGAUUCUGAUCGCUGCCCUCACACUCCUCUGGAUCUCGUUAGGCUGCUUAAUUUGAUCAAAUGGGUGUGGAUUUUUGGAGUGAAGUGAAUGCACUGAAAGCAAAUUUUUAUAAGCUUGUGAAGAGGUUUAAGGCUAAUUUCUAGCAUUUUGGGUUUUUUUCUUUUUUGUAAUGUGUUUCUAAUAAAAAAAUUAAAAAAAACCAGUGGAUCAUUAUGACCGUAGCUAGGUACAAUCAAAUGACAUAAAAAUAAAAUGCAAAAAUCUAGGCUCUUUUUUUUUGUAUGCAAUAUUUUAUCCUUCAGAAGAUGAAUGUCUGUAUCGCAUUUAUGAGAAGUUAUUUACGGAUUGUUUUAAUGGGUUGUAAUAAAACUCUUUUCUCAUAUCUGCGGCCUGUGAGUGAACGUCA